AUGAUUUUUUUUCUUCUUUUUGUCCAAAAGCCUGAGGUCAGGGGUGUGGUUCAUUAUGGGAAAUGGAAGCUGAGGCAAGUUGUUUGCAACAGAAAUGUCAACAUUUAUGUGAAAUGCUUCACUUUAUCAGAUACCAGUUCAAAACUUCAAGAAAAUUAUAAAAUAAGACAGUCUCUCUCUCUCUCUCUCUCUCUCUCUCUCUCUCUCUCUCUCUCUCUCUCUAUCUAUCUAUCUAUCUAUCUGUCUAUUUCUCUAUACCUCUUUCACUCUCUCCCUUUCUCCCUCUCUUUCUCUCUCCCACUCUAUCUCUCUCCCUCUUUUCUCUCCCCCUCUAUGUAUCUCUCUCCCUCUUUCUCUCCCUCUCUUUCUAUCUAUCUCUUUCUUUUUCUCUCCCUCUUUCUCUUUCACCCUCUUUCUCUAUCUGCCCUUUUUCUCACAUUCUUUCUCUUCCUUUUUCUCUCUUUCUCAUGCUUUUUUUUCAAAGACUACUUGAUAAGUCAAUUUAUUCCCUGCAUUUCAGAAAAUGAAGUUUCCUUCGUUUAUCUUUUAAUAUGUCUGAAUGUAAUUAUAAUGAAAAGAAGAGACAUUCUGAUGGAUAACUGUUAUAUAUUUGUAGCUGGAAUAACUUAUUAA